AUGGACAGACUUCUAAUCUGGAUUUUUCUACUGGGAUUUCUACAGACUGCGCUGGCACAGGGUGUGACAUCACUGGGCUUUCUGAACAUGAAACUGGACUCUUAUGUUGAUCUCAACAACGAAACAUUGUCUGAACUCAUCACAGAAUUUCUCCGUAAGAUAUUGGAAAGUGCUGAGUUUGAGGUGGCAGUGACAUAUAUUGAAAAUGAAGUGAUUGGUCUCGCCACAAACGCGACUGCGAGUGCUUCAGCGACGGAUCAAACUUAA